AUGGGAAACGUGUUCAAGGGGCUGCAUGCAGGGGUCUCGGAGGAUCGGACCUCCAAUAUCCGUAACAGACCUUUCAAAAUUGCCAUGUCGAAAGGAAAAAGCCGACGUACAAAGAAUGACGUGGCGAACCCAGCAAAGGCAGGUCUCCUUCCUUCGGACUGUACUCUGAUAAAUCGACAAGUAGACUGUUGGGAUAUGGUCAAGUAUGGACAAGACCUGAAGCUUCCGUGGCGGGACUACAUCGGCGUCACUCUCAAGUUAGCUGGAUCAAUGCAUCAGCUCAUGGUUGCUGUAGAGGCUACGCAACUAGCUCUGAGUGGAUCGACUCCAUGCUUUGUCAAGAAUCUGGAGCAGUUCUGUGCUGAGGCUGCGUUCGACUGCUGGAUAUUCGAAACACUGAAGGACAAGUACCGUGCAAACGGGCGGCCCGAAGUGAGUGACACGAUGGACGAGGUACUGGAAGUUAUGGUGCAAAAGUCCGAAAGUAUGCGUCGGUUGAACACGCUCUGCCUGCAAGUUGCGACAUCCCUCCAGGGGGCCUCUUCUGGUAUAUCGGGUCACGCGAGCCACGACAGAAAGAAUCACGUCUGA